AUGUCGAGCGAGAAGCCGGCUUCAGCACCACCGGGCUCCGCUUCUUCGCUCACGGACACGGACCGAGACCCGCACCCCGGGCCGGGCUCCUCCGCGCCGCAGCCGCAGCAGCAGCAGCAGCAGGUCGCCGCGGCGGUCGCUAGCUCCGGCGCCGUCACAGGGGAGAGGAUGGUGUCCGCAGCCGGCUCCAUGGUCCUCCCGGCCGGGGCGAUCAACCCCGCCGCCGUGCCGAUCAGGAAUAUCCAGAUGAAAUUCGCCGUGCUGGUGGGCCUGAUCCAGGUCGGGGAGGUUAGCAACCGGGACAUCGUGGAGACGGUGCUGAACCUGCUGGUGGGCGGCGAGUUUGACCUGGAGAUGAACUUCAUCAUCCAGGAGGCGGAGAGCAUCGGCUGCAUGGUGGAGCUGCUGUCCCACUGCGAGGUGACGUGCCAGGCUGAGAUCUGGAGCAUGUUCACGGCCAUCCUCCGCAAGAGCGUGCGCAACCUGCAGACCAGCACGGAGGUGGGCCUCAUCCAGCAGGUGCUGCUGAAGAUGAGCACGGUGGACGACAUGAUCGCAGACCUUCUGGUGGACAUGCUGGGAGUCAUGGCCAGUUACAGCAUCACAGUCAAGGAGCUGAAGCUGCUCUUCAGUAUGCUGAGGGGAGACAAUGGCAUCUGGUGCAGUGCCACUCUGCUGGCGUUCCUGGUGGAGCUGUUGAAGAGCUCGGUGGCCAUGCAGGAGCAGAUGCUGGGAGGGAAGGGCUUCCUGGUGAUUGGAUACCUGCUUGAGAAGUCGUCCCGGGUCCACAUCACCAGAGCCGUACUGGAACAGUUCCUGUCCUUCGCCAAGUAUCUGGAUGGUUUACCUCACGGAGCGCCACUCCUCAAACAGCUCUGUGACCAUGUCCUGUUCAACGCGGCCAUCUGGAUACACACCCCUGCCAAGGUCCAGCUGUCCCUCUACACCUACCUGUCGUCGGAGUUCAUCGGCACCGCCACCAUCUACACCACCAUCCGCCGCGUGGGCACCGUCCUGCAGCUGAUGCACACUCUGAAGUACUACUACUGGGCCAUCAACCCGCUGGAGUGCAGUGGAAUCAGCCCCAAAGGUCUCGAUGGACCGCGGCCGUCCCAGAAGGAGAUCAUCUCGCUCAGGGCCUUCAUGCUCCUCUUCCUCAAACAGCUGAUACUGAAGGACCGGGGCGUGAAGGAGGACGAGCUGCAGAGCAUUCUCAACUACCUACUGACCAUGCAUGAGGAUGAGAACAUCCACGACGUGCUCCAGCUGCUGGUGGCUCUGAUGUCUGAGCACCCGGCGUCCAUGAUCCCUGCAUUCGAUCAGAGAAAUGGAAUAAGGGUGAUCUGCAAACUCCUGGCCUCCAAGAGCGAGAGCAUCCGGGUCCAAGCCCUCAAAGUCCUGGGCUACUUCCUCAAGCACCUCGGUCACAAGAGGAAGGUAGAGAUCAUGCACACGCACAGUCUGUUCACGCUGCUGGGUGAGAGGCUGAUGAUGCACACUAACACCGUCUCCAUCACCACCUACAACACGCUGUACGAGAUUCUGACCGAGCAGGUCUGCACUCAGGUGGUCCACAAACCCCACCCCGAGCCCGAUUCCACUGUCAAGAUCCAGAACCCCAUGAUUCUGAAAGUAGUGGCGACCCUCCUGAAGAGCUCCUCUCCCAGUGCCGAGCUGAUGGAAGUCAGGAGACUCUUUCUCUCCGACAUGAUCAAGCUCUUCAGCAACAGCCGCGAAAACCGCCGCUGCCUGCUGCAGUGCUCCGUGUGGCAGGACUGGAUGUUCUCCCUCGGAUACAUCAACCCCAAGAGCCCCGAGGAGCAGAAAAUCACCGAGAUGGUGUACAACAUAUUCAGGAUCCUGCUCUACCACGCCAUCAAAUACGAAUGGGGCGGCUGGAGGGUGUGGGUCGAUACCCUGUCCAUCGCACACUCCAAGGUGACCUACGAGGCCCACAAGGAAUACUUAGCUAAGAUGUACGAGGAGUACCAGCGUCAGGAGGAGGAGAACAUGAAGAAAGGGAAGAAAGGAUGUGUGUCCACCAUCUCUGGGCUCUCUGCUGUGCCCGCCCCUGUGGUCAACGGGAACCUGGAGAUCGACGACAACUCCCAGACACAGACGCCGGAGAGCGAGGCUGAAUACAGCGAGGGGGCCAACCUCCUGGCUGAAGGCGCCGUGAAGCGACCCAACGGAGAGGCCCUGACGCCCGGGGAGCAGGGCGCCGGGCCGGGCGUCAGGGUGGAGGUCCACGACCUGCUGGUGGACAUUAAAGCCGAGAAAGUAGAGGCCACAGAGGUGAAGCUGGAUGACCUCGACCUGUCUCCUGAAGGCCUUAGUGGAGGUGUGGUUGUAGUAGGUGGGGGGGGAAUGGAGAACGGGCCUCUGGUGGAGGUGGACUCUCUCCUGGACAGUGCUUACUGCGCUGUCGUCCAGAACAUGAACGGGAGUCUGGCGCCUAAAGAUGACACGCCGGCCUCAGGGGUUGGACUGGGGCCCAGCCUGGGGCUCUCGGGGGUCAGCCUGGAGGAUGAUGGGAACAUGGGGCCGCUCAUCACUUUGGCUGAUGAGAAGGACAGCGUCCCGAGCAACAACGGGUUUCUCUUCAGCAAGGUUGAUGAGAAGCUGCUUCCAGCUCUGGCGGCCACAGACCCCCUCGUGCUGCCCAGUCCAGACCAGCCCACUUCAUCCGGCCCAGUACCGUCCCUCUCCACCACCAGCGCCAGUGACGACCUCAGUCUGCUCGCCCACAUGACCAGCUGCGGCUCUGAUCUACAGACACAGAGCCACACAGCCGGGGAGCUACCGGAGGACGGGCUCUUCAAGAUCCAGAGCCCUAUCGCUGACAUCAGCUCCAUCGCUGAGGCCGAGAGCCAGAUCCAGAUCCAGGCGGCCUCCAGACCAGAUUUCCCAGAGGGAGAGGGCACGGCCGGGGCAGAGGGAGAGGCUGCGGGGCUGAAGACGGGCGGAGACACGGCCAGCACCACCUCUGACACAGAGAGGUCGGACGACGGGAAGGACAAAGACACAAAGAAGAUCCAAACUACCGCGACUACUCAGGCCCUUCACGGCCGCACCGCCGCGCAGUUGGAGCGGGACCUCCGCGUGGACCUGGGCUUCAGGGGAAUGCCCAUGACGGAGGAGCAGCGCCGGCAGUUCAGCCCCGGCCCACGCACGACCAUGUUCCGUAUCCCCGAGUUCAAGUGGUCCCCCAUGCACCAGAGGCUGCUCACCGACCUGCUGUUCGCCCUGGAGACCGACGUGCACGUGUGGAGGAGCCACUCAACCAAGUCGGUGAUGGAUUUCGUGAACAGCAAUGAAAACAUCAUCUUCGUCCACAACACCAUCCACCUCAUUUCUCAGAUGGUGGACAACAUCAUCAUCGCCUGUGGAGGCAUCCUUCCUCUCCUGUCCGCCGCCACCUCCCCUUCCAGUUCUAAGAAUAGUGCCAACGCUAAGGCAGGAGGAGCCGGACCCCAGAGGGGGUCAAAGGGAGAGGAGGUGGCCCCUGUUCCUGGGGGAGGAGGCACAGGGGGAGAGACGGAGCUGGAGAACAUCGAGGCCACGCAGGGCAUGUCCUCGGAGACGGCGGUCACCUUCCUCUCGCGCCUCAUGGCCAUGGUGGACGUGCUGGUGUUCGCCAGCUCCCUCAACUUCAGCGAGAUCGAGGCAGAGAAGAACAUGUCGUCGGGGGGGCUGAUGAGGCAGUGUCUCCGCCUGGUUUGCUGUGUGGCGGUGAGGAACUGUCUGGAGUGCCGGCAGAGACAGAGAGACCGGAGCUGCAAGUCCUCCUUAACCAGCAGCAAGUCACAGGACAGCCUCCACAGUGCCUCCAACACCAGCAAGCAGGAUCCAGACAGACUCCUGCAGGAUGUGGACAUCAACCGUCUCCGAGCUGUAGUAUUCAGAGAUGUGGACGACAGUAAGCAAGCUCAGUUCCUGGCGCUGGCAGUCGUCUACUUCAUCUCGGUCCUCAUGGUGUCUAAGUACCGGGACAUCUUGGAACCCCAGCGGGAGAUUUGCAGAUCCACCAGCCUAUCAGGGAGAAGCAUCCGCCACGAGAUCAACUCCCCAACCAGUACAGAGCACCCAGCCACAGCCUUCUCCGACAAGCAGACCCCCACCCCCGUGGAUGACUCUCCCCGGGCCGGGCUCCCCCACACGGACUCGGGCAUCGGAGAGGAGGGUCACGUGGCCGGGUCCCUGAACGGCUCGGAGAUGGGUCUCGGCCUCGGCCUGGGCCUGGUCGGGAGAGAGACAGACAGGGAUCGAGAUAGAGACAUGGGGGGAGGAGGAGGAGGAGGAGGAGGCACGGAUCUGUUGUGCAGCCUGUCUGACGUCAGGAGGUCACAGGAGAGCCUUCUGGAUUCUCCCCACAACCCCGGCUCCCACCCCAACGCCCCGCCCUCGUCCAUCUCCAGCAUCAGUCAAACAAACAAAGGCAUCAAUGUCAAGGAGAUCCUGAAGAGUUUGGUGGCAGGACCAGUCGAUGGAGGAGACUUGGGUCAGGAGUCGGGGCCGACGCCCUACCACCCCGACCCCGCCCUGAAGACACACCCCAUGCUGCCCAUGCAGUUCCACUCCUUCGACAGGAGUGUUGUGGUUCCAGUCAAGAAGCCGCCACCCGGCAGCCUGUCAGUCAACACCGUGGGCACACCCACCACUGGCGGGUCGACCACCGCGGGCUCCACACCCAACAUCUUUGCUGCCGCGACAGCAACACCGAAGAGCAUGAUCAACACUACAGGUGCCACAGACUCCGCCUCCUCUUCCUCCUCCUCCUCUUCGUCGUUCGUCAACGGGGCCACGAGUAAGAAUCUGCCGGCGGUGCAGACGGUGGCUCCCAUGCCAGAAGACACGAUGGAGAACAUGAGUGCCUAUUGUGAGGUGGCGCAGUGUGCGCUGCGCAGCGGGCAGACGCCCCCUGAGCUCAAGUCCUUUAGCUCCCUGGCAGGCUUCCAGACUGCCCCCCGAGAUGCAGGACAGUGUUUUAGCAUCACCACCAAGCUGGAGCGCGCCCUGGAGAAGGUGGCGCCGCUGCUGAGGGAGAUCUUUGUGGACUUCGCCCCCUUCCUGUCCAGGACGCUGCUGGGUAGCCAUGGGCAGGAACUGCUCAUAGAAGGUACAGGCCUGGUGUGUAUGAAGUCAAGCACGUCUGUGGUGGAGCUUGUGAUGCUGCUCUGUUCUCAGGAAUGGCAAAACUCCAUUCAGAAGAACGCUGGUCUGGCUUUCAUUGAGCUGAUCAAUGAGGGAAGACUUCUGUGUCACGCCAUGAAGGAUCACAUUGUGCGCGUUGCCAACGAGGCCGAGUUCAUCCUGAACAGACAGAGAGCGGAGGACGUUCACAAGCACGCUGAGUUUGAGUCGAACUGUGCCCAGUAUGCCGCGGACCGGAGGGAGGAGGAGAAAAUGUGUGACCACCUCAUCAGCGCCGCUAAGCACAGAGAUCAUGUGACCGCCAACCAGCUGAAGCAGAAGAUCCUCAACAUCCUGACCAAUAAGCACGGAGCGUGGGGGACAAUGUCCCAGAGCCAAUUACAUGACUUCUGGCGUCUCGACUACUGGGAGGACGACCUGAGGAGGAGACGGAGAUUUGUGCGAAAUGCCUUUGGCUCCACCCACGCCGACAUGUCACUCAAAGCCCUGGAGGACUAUGGAACAGAAGAGGAAGAGGAGGGGGUGAAGUCGAAAAAGAAUUUGCGCAACCACUCAGUAGUCGCCCAGAACCCGGAGGCGGAGUUAAUGCUGGAGGGAGAUGAUGACGCCGUCAGUCUGCUGCAGGAAAAAGAGAUUGAUAACCUUGCAGUACGUUUCCGUCCGAGGCUUUUUAUCUCCAAAGGACCCGUGGUUCUGAGCACCCCCGCUCAGCUGGUGGCUCCUGUGGUGGUGGCUCGCGGCACUCUGUCCAUCACCACGACCGAGAUCUACUUCGAGGUGGACGAGGACGACCCUGCCUUCAAGGACACGGACGCUAAAGUCCUGGCCUACUCAGAGGGUCUGCACGGCAAAUGGAUGUUCAGUGAGAUCCGAGCUGUGUUUUCCAGACGAUACCUGCUGCAAAACACCGGACUGGAGGUCUUCAUGGCCAACAGGACGUCUGUGAUGUUUAACUUCCCCGACCAGUCCACGGUCAAACGGGUGGUUUACAGUCUCCCCCGGGUCGGGGUCGGAACGAGUUACGGGCUCCCCCAGGCCAGGCGGAUUUCCUUAGCAACCCCUCGUCAGCUCUUCAAGUCGUCCAACAUGACUCAGCGCUGGCAGAGGAGAGAGAUCUCCAACUUCGAGUACCUCAUGUUCCUCAACACCAUUGCAGGGAGAACCUACAAUGAUCUGAACCAGUAUCCCAUCUUCCCCUGGGUCUUGACCAACUACGAUUCAGAGGAGCUCGAUCUCACUCUACCUGGAAACUUCAGAGACCUCUCCAAGCCAAUCGGUGCCCUGAAUCCCAAGCGGGCAGCCUUCUACGCAGAGCGCUACGAGACGUGGGACGACGACAGCACGUCCCCUCACCACUACACCACCCUGUACUCCACCGCUCACUCAACCCUGAUGUGGAUGCUCAGAAUAGAGCCGUUCAGCACGUUCUUCCUCAACGCCAACGACGACAAGUUCGACCAUCCAGACAGAUCCUUCUCCGGCAUCGGCCACUCGUGGAGGAACUGCCAGAGGGACACGGCUGACGUCAAGGAGCUGAUCCCAGAGUUCUACUAUUUGCCCGAGUUGUUUGUCAACAGCAACGAGUACGAGCUGGGGAUGCGUGAGGACGGCGUCCCCGUGUGUGACGUGGAGCUUCCCGCCUGGGCCAAGAAACCUGAAGACUUUGUCCGCAUCAACCGGAUGGCGCUGGAGAGUGAGUUUGUGUCGUGCCAGCUUCACCAGUGGAUCGAUCUGAUAUUUGGCUACAAGCAGCGGGGGCCGGAGGCGGUCCGAUCCCUCAACGUGUUCGACUUCCUGUCCUACGAGGGGUCGGUCACCCUGGACAAUUUGGACGCUCCGCAACGCGAGGUUAUUGAGAUGCAGAUUCAGCUCUGUGGUCAAGUCCCCUCCCAGCUGCUGAUAGAGCCACACCCCCCUCGCUCCUCCGCCAUGCACCUGUGUUUCCUUCCCCAGAGCCCUCUGAUGUUUAAGGAUCAGAUGCAGCAGGACGUCAUCAUGGUGCUGAAGUUCCCCUCCAACUCCCCCGUCACGCACGUCGCCGCCAACACGCUCCCCCACCUCAGCAUCCCGGCGGCUGUCACCGUCACGUGCAGCCGGCUGUUCGCAGUCAACCGCUGGCACAACACAGUCGGCCUUCGAGGAGCUCCAGGAUACUCCCUGGAACAGGCUCAUCAUCUCCCCAUCGAGAUGGACCCUCUCAUAGCAAACAACUCGGGCGUGAACAAGCGUCAGAUCACUGACCUGGUCGACCAGAGCAUCCAGAUCAACACGCACUGUUUUGUGGUGACGGCCGACAACCGCUACAUCCUGGUGUGCGGCUUCUGGGACAAGAGCUUCCGGGUUUACUCCACUGAGACUGGAAAACUGACCCAGAUCGUCUUUGGCCACUGGGAUGUGGUGACGUGUCUGGCGCGGUCAGAGUCCUACAUCGGAGGAGACUGCUACAUCGUGUCCGGCUCCAGAGACGCCACUCUUCUUCUGUGGUACUGGAGUGGACGACACCACAUAAUAGGCGACAACCCCAAUAACAGUGACUAUCCUGCUCCCAGAGCGGUGCUGACGGGACACGACCACGAGGUGGUGUGUGUCUCUGUCUGUGCGGAGCUGGGGUUGGUCAUCAGUGGAGCUAAAGAGGGCCCGUGCCUGGUCCACACCAUCACAGGGGACCUGCUGAGGGCCCUGGAGGGACCCGAGCUGUGUCAGCGGCCCCGCCUCAUCUCAGUGUCCAGCGAGGGCCACUGCAUCAUCAACUACGAGAGAGGCCGCUUCUGCAACUUCAGCAUAAACGGGAAACUGCUGGCACAAAUGGAGGUCAACGACUCCACACGGGCCAUCCUGCUGAGCAGCGACGGGCAGAACCUGGUCACAGGAGGUGAUAACGGAGUCGUGGAAGUGUGGCAGGCGUGUGACUUCAAACAGCUUUACAUCUACCCAGGCUGUGAUGCCGGCAUCCGCGCCAUGGACCUCUCCCACGACCAGAGGACCCUAAUCACUGGCAUGGCGUCCGGCAGCAUUGUGGCGUUUAACAUAGACUUCAACCGCUGGCACUACGAACACCAGAACAGGUACUGAGGUCCGCCGGUUCGAGGAGGAGGGAAGGAGAGAAGAAGGAGAGAUGAAUAAAGGAGACGAUGCAUUGUUCUGUGUAUCUGCGACGCGAGGGGGCGACAGGCACUGAGAGGAAGAGGAAAAAACAAGAACCGGACCUGAGGCUCUAUUCUGAUGAGAAGUUUGCU